UCGAAAAGAAACUUUGGCAGCGUGAGGACGCCCGUUUGCAUGUGCGUGGCCCCCGUUAAGCAACAACAACAUCGAGUGGCAAUGUGCAAAAAUAAAAAAUCUAUAUAUAUUUUAAAUUGAAUAUAGAAAUCCGAAAACCCACACUCGCAACCACACACAUACGAGCGCUGGGCGAAGAGAGCGCGAGCGGAAAUACUUAAAAAGCUAAAAAGCAAAAAGUGAAAGUAAAAAAGUGGCCGUAUCGGUGUGAGCGGCAUCUAGAAAGUGUGGCCAAAAAGUGACAUCACACUCCGGGCAGCAGAAAAACAGCAGCAGGAGCAGGAACAUACGAGAACUACGAAUCGAAAUUGAAAUUGAAAUCGAAAUCGAAAUCGAGCGGUAUUCGCACGCGUCGUCGCUCAAGGUGAAACCGCGCCACCCCCCCUUGAAAAUCCCCCCCAACACCUCCCCCCUCCUGCACCCGCAGCCCGCGUCCAAAAAUUAAUCUCAACAACUGGCACGACAAGUAGUCGCCGACGAAAAGUCACAGUCGAGUAUCAACAAAAGGAAAUAAAUUAAAAAAAAUUGUCGCUACGCAGCGCGAGACGACGGAUUCGAUUAGGUUAGGGUAACGGAUUUUGGUUUUGCCCAGCAAAAACAGCCAUGAAGCCCACUGUGAUGGCGGCCAAUCAGGCGCCAAGCAAUCCUGCCGCCGGCGGCAAUGGAACGCCCGCAGGACCAGGAGUCAAUAUACCCGUCAAUCGGGAGUAUGUGAGUGGUGGCUAUGGAUCGCCACAGCAGAAUCCACAGUUCCACAGCCCACAAAACGCUUACGGAUCGCCCAGGCAGCAGCAGCAGCAGCAGCCGCACUUCCAGCAGCCGCACCACCAGCAGGUUCCCCCAAAUCAGCAGCAGCAACAUUUUCAGCCGACCUUUGGAUUUGAACCCAACAUGGACAUGGACAACAUGUUCCCGCGCUCGCACCUGGGCAGGAUGCACGAUCCCUUCGCCGGCUUCGGCGACUCACGUAAGCGGAGCAGUUUGCACGGUCCCAGUGCCCAAGCCACCAAUGCUGACGAUGACUUUUCAUCCUAUUUCGACGACGCAGACUUUGGAUUCCCCCGCUUCUCGACGAUGGGACGGCGAGGACGGGCCAACAACCACAUGGAUCACGAUGAUGACUUCUUCAACCGGCUGCCCUCGGAGUUCCGCCAGUAUAUCCCAGAUGGUUUCGGCGCCAGACGUGGACAGGGAGUGGCUCCUGCAGCAGGACAAGUUCCCCAGCAGCAGCAGCAGCAGCAUCCACAGCAGCAUCCCCAACAGCACUACCAGUACGCUGUGCCGCCCCAGCAACAGCAGGUCUACGUGGGAUCUCCCCAGCAGCAGCAGGUGCCGCAGUCGCCCUCGAAGCGUCUCUGUGAUGCAGCCAUCCAGACGGAGGAUCCCGCUGGCCGCUCGGAGGUGGACUGCGCCCCACCGGCCAACUUGAGCCAGCACGGACUGCGAAAUACCGUGGACAUGGGCGUGAAGAGUGCCGCCGAGCAGGAUCAGGGAUUGCGCUCCCACUCCGCCCCGCCGCCAGAGCAGCAGCAGCAGAAUCUGCUCUACCAACAGCAACAACAGUCGGGAGCUCCCCACCAGCAAUUUGGCACCCAGACCAGUCCGCCCGUCCAGCAGGGUCAGCAGUUCAAGACCUACUAUGCGCCCCACCAGCAGACACAUCCCCAGCAGAAGCAGCCAACGCCUCCACCGCCGACAGCAGCAGCUCCACAGACCCCCGGUGGCACCUACAUACGCACCAUACCCAUCUUCGUGGAGGGUCGCACCGAGCCCAUCAUCAAUGCCCACAAGGAGAUUCCCAACCAGAAUGCUCCUCCAAAUUUUGCACCACAGCAACAGCAACAACAGCAGAGACCUGCGCCCCUGAACACGCAGCAGGCACAGCAGCAGGAGGCACCUAUUGAGGGAGGAGGAGCCGCAGCUGGUCUGCCACCACAGACGCCACACACCCUCAAUUCGAUCAACAAGAUCCAGGACAUACAGCGCGAUGUGCUGGAGCUGAUGGGCAAGGUGGAGCAGUUCAAGGGAACGCGCCAGGAGAAGGAGUACGCCUACCUGGACGAGAUGCUGACCCGCAAUCUGCUCAAGCUGGACACGAUUGAUACGAACGGCAAGGACAGCAUUCGCCUGGCCCGCAAGGAGGCCAUCAAAUGCAUUCAGGCUUCUAUAAAUGUCCUAGAGGCCAAGGCCGAGGAGAAUGCCAGGGCGGCGUCAGGAGCAGCACCUCCAGCUGAAGAAACGGCUGCAGUGGCUGAACCAGAGGUCACGGAGCCAGUGACUCCACAGCCACAGGAUGCUACGAAAAUUCAGGAACCCAUCCCUCUGCCGCCGCCACCAAAUGCUGCUCCUGGUGAAAAAUCUGAAGGAGCUGCUCCCGAAGCCACCGUGGUGGAACCUUCGUUAGCUCCUGGUGAGACGUCAACCACCACGUCGUCGGAAUGA